CUUCCGGUACAUAGGGAUUUACGUAGAAGGGCAGCCUUGUUUUGCGACAUCCGCAAAUUGAGAGGGAACAUGGGGGAUAAUCUUGGCCCCGACGUGUCUUUACAGGAUACCAAGGCCGCUUACAUUUUGAGCAAUGUGGCGGAGGUCGUCGAGCGAGUUCUUACCUUCGUACCGACCAAAUCUCUUCUCCAAAUUGCCAGUGUGUGCAGGCUGUGGAGCAACUGUGCCCGCAGGGUGCUCAGGACUCAGCAGCAGUUGGCCUGGGUGUCAGCCUGUGGACCCUCCGAUAGGCACGGACAUGUUCUCUGCAAGGUCCUGGCCGAGGAAGUGGAGAAAGUAUUUCUCCUGCCCAAAACAGUUAUUGCAAUGGUGGAUUGUGAGGCCCGCAAUGAAGACGUGCACUGCUACAGACGGAAUCGAGCAAAAAGGAGCCGUCACAGUCAAGACACAGUUGAGGACCUGUUCCCUCGAAAUUGUGACGUCAUGGGCAUUGCUGCACCUGGCAUCGUCUUGACUCCCACUGGCUCGAGCUGCAGGCCUCCAGAAGAGCAUCAAGAGGGGGAGGCCGGCUUUGCCCUAAUGUUCCCCAGCAUGGAGGGUGUCGACAUCAAACCUUUUCACUUCUGUUUGAAUACCUUCCUCCCAACUGAUCUGAAAGAAGCAGGACUUGUAGACAACCCAGAGCUACGAGUGGUGCUUAUCUUUUUCUAUGAGACGUAUCGAUCCAGAGGGGUGCAAUUCCUUAACCAAAUACUGGUGCCUCUGGCCAAGAGCACAGCUCUGAUCACGGGAGGACUGGUAGAAAAAGUCUUUGUUCCCACCAGAUACUGCUGCAGCAAGGGAGGGUGCGGCGUGAUGGGCCUUACUUUGAGCGGCCCCAAAGUGCAGGCAGCGUCUGUGCUCCUGGACCAGGACGUGGUCAGCCCCAAGACGGCCGAAGCUACAAUCCGCAGGCUAAAGGCCGCUAAGAUUCCGGAGAAGAAUACACUGGGGUUCAUGUUCGCCUGCGUGGGCAGAGGCCAGAAUUACUACAACCAGAGCAAUGUGGAGGCCGACGCCUUCCGAAAAGUGUUCCCCGACGUGCCGCUCUUCGGCCUGUUCGGCAACGGAGAAAUCGGCUGCGACCGCAUUGUUAAAAACGACUACAAGCUGUUUGAAACUGACUCAAACUCUCUGCAACACGAGUACACCACAGUCAUGACGCUGGUCCAUCUGGGUUGAAGCUGAAAACAUUCAACAUUAUUCCUUUGCUUCAUCAGAGGGUCGCGGGGGGCUGCAGUGUAUCCCAGCUGCAGUUGGGCGGAAGGUGGGGUACACAUUUCUAAUUGAAAUGCAUUUAUUGCGGACAUGUCCGGAACCGAUUACAGCAAGAAAUGAUGGAUCACUGUACACGUUUGAUAGUUUUGUUUAAGACUGAAGGUUUAUUGAGAAAUUUGAGCAAAAAAAGUAAAAAAAUAUAACAUGUUUUUGAUGGCUUUUAUGCCCUGUUUGGCUUUAAAGAUAAAUCAAAUCAAAUGGCCCUCUCGGUAUGUUGUUAAAUUCAAAUUAAUGAAAAAUAUUGGCACUACACUAAAAUUAUUUGUCAACUGUUUAUUUGAGCAUAUUUUGAUCCAUACUGGAUUGGUUUUAGUGUCUUCCAUGUGCAACGUGGGCCUCCCACAUCCUUAAAUUUUUCACACCUCGCCUAAACUUUCUUCCUAAUGUACUGAUGUGACCUGCCUUCUUCAAUGUUGUUACAAUACGCUGCGGGCUUAAAAAAAAAAAAGUCUGCUGCAAAUGUCCCCUGUGCCGCACUUUUGACACCAUUGCAACAGAGUGUGCGGGUGUACCUAAUGUUGUGUCCUUUUUAGACUUUGUGUAAUUAUUUUUGGUCUGGAUGCACUUUUCUGCAGGAUAUGCCAAAUCUGUUUCAAAAUUGUCCCUAAAAU